UCGACCAGACACGUCCUGUCACGUAACAGCGAGACCAUUCAGAACUCGAUAGAGCUAGCAUUAGCGCUCGUGUCGUGUCAGAAAGCCAACACACAGAUGGCGUUCCACAGAACUAUGGCACGGCGCCUCUGGGCCGGCAAGAACGCGGCCGCCACCGGCGCAGCCAUUCCCAAGCCUCCGGCGGCCGGCCCCGCGCCCCCUGCGCGGCGGCCGCUGCCGGCCGUGGACGACUGCCCGACGCUCGCAUUCCUGCGGCCCAGGCCGACGAAGGUCGGUUACUCCUCCGCCGCGACCGUACCGCUCCCGGCGCACUGCUUCCCCGCCCUCCCCGUCGGCGACGAGCUCUUCCGCCGGCUCCGGCUCGACGGGCUUGCGCCGCCUGUCGCGAGCCCGGUGAUGCGGGCGCCUGAGGAGGCGGGCGUGACGGUGGAGCAGGCGAGGAAGGUGGCGAGGGCGGCGGAGAUGGAGGCGGCGAGGGCGAGGCUGAGGUCCCACGCCCAGAGCGUGGUGUCCGGGUCGGAAUUCGCCGCGCUCUGCGUCGACAUUGCCGGCGGCGUCGAGGGCGGCCGCAGGCUCGCCCGCGCGCUCGACGACUCCGGCGUCGUCAUCGUCCUCGGCGACGCCGUCUUCCUCCGCCCCGACAUGGUGGCGAAGGCGAUCGGGAGCGUCAUCCUCCCUGCGGCGAAGCAGCAGCAGCAGCAGCAGCAGCUGGCGCCGCGCGCCAGCGCCGCGCGGAGCGAGGCGCGCCGGCGGCGGGAGGAGCUGGACGCGAUGGAGUCCGAGAAGGCGGCGAUCGACGCGGCGGCGGCGGCGCAGGUCCGCCGCGAGCUGUGGUGCGGGCUGGGCCUGGUGGCGGCGCAGACGCUGGGGUUCAUGCGGCUCACCUUCUGGGAGCUGUCGUGGGACGUGAUGGAGCCGGUGUGCUUCUACGUCACCUCGCUCUACUUCAUGUCCGGCUACGCCUUCUUCAUGCGCACGGCCACGGAGCCCUCCUUCGAGGGCUUCUUCCGGUGCCGCCUCGCGUCCAGGCAGCGCCGCCUCAUGCGGGCGCGGGGCUUCGACGUCGCCCGCUACAACGCGCUCAGGCAGGAGCUCGGCCUCGCCCCCCGCGACGCGCUCAGCCACGUGCAAUAGCACGUCUGCCCUGGCUGCCCCGGACGGGUUCGCUUGGUCGUUCGUGCCGGUCUGCCACGCACACGGUACGUGUGUGUGCGCGCCAUGGUCGGGUCACCGUCUCUGAUCGUGAAUCAAAAUUUCUGUAUCGAUUCAGGAUGGGAAAAAGGUGUUUGUAGGGUGGGUUGUUUUGGUAGGAGAUAAUAUCCAUCGUCAGUUGAGACAUGGAUUGAGCAUCUGUUUUCCCUUUCCGGCGAUCUCGCUGAUUUGAUCUUGUUGUUCCCCCUCCCCCUGUACCUACACCCAUUGAAACGUUUAUUGUCUGACAAUCUCCGACGCGCGGAGAGGAACGGAAAACUCAUAAAGAACACUCGUAACUAA